AUGUGGGGUUUGCAUCAGUCCAAUGACAAUGAUAUUGAUGCUCCAGAGGCAUGGAGUAUUCACAAGGGCUUGUCUGGUCGAGUGAUUGUUGCGGUCCUUGACACAGGAGUAGACUAUAACCAUGAAGACUUGAGGAAUCAGAUGUGGAGAAAUCCUGGAGAAAUUCCUGGAGAUGGCAUCGACAAUGAUGGCAACGGCUUCGUGGAUGAUGUCUAUGGCUACGACUUCUACGAGGAUGACGGGGAUCCGAUGGAUGGGAAUGGGCACGGCACACAUUGUGCAGGCACCAUUGGUGCAGAAGGUGGCAAUUCCAUCGGGGUUGUGGGCGUGACCUGGAAGCCGCAGAUCAUGGCCUUGCGCUUUUUGGGUCCCAAUGGUGGUAGCACCAUCGAUGCGAUUCGAGCUUUAGACUAUGCGGUGCAAAUGGGAGCUCACAUUACUUCCAAUAGUUGGGGUGGAGGUGGCUUCUCCGUCGGUCUUGAAACAGCCAUCAAUGAAGCAGCGGCUGCAAACCAAUUGUUUAUCGUGGCGGCUGGAAACGAUGGACAGGACAAUGAUGUGGUGUCAACAUACCCUUGCAACUACAACUUGCCCAACAUGAUUUGCGUGGCAUCCACCGAUCGAAGCAAUGACAUGUCAUCUUUCUCCAACUGGGGUGUGAACAAUGUGCACAUCGCAGCUCCAGGCUCCAGCAUCCUGAGUACCUACACCAACGGAGAGUACGUCUCCUUGUCCGGAACCUCCAUGGCCACGCCUCACGUCUCUGGAGUGGCAGCCUUGGUCCUGGACUAUGUCCACAACAUGCCUUUCACGGAGCUGCGCAAUGUGAUCUUGAAUUCCGCGGUGCCCUAUGCCAAGUUCGCCUCCAAAGUCUCGACCGGAGCGCUGUUGAAUGCCCAUGCCGCGCUGGCGAUGGCCGGCGAGUUUGCAUGGAUUCGGAUGUUCGGCAGCGCCAUCAGCGCUGGCACCGUGACGAUUCCAGCUCAGGGAUCGACUACAGUGGUGUUGCAACUGGGUGGGACUGGCCUAGAUUAUGGGGAGUAUCGUGCUCGGCUGCGAAUCUGGGGUGUCUUCAAUGAGGUUCUCUAUUCGCGCGAGGUGCCCAUCCUCUACACCCUCCACAACUUCACUGGACUUCCAGCCUUCGGCGCCACGGACCUCCAGUUCGCAGAUGUGGAUGGUCGACGGGGCAUGAUCUCAGGUGCUCUGACCAUCACUCGUGCCACUCCGGAGCAGGAAGCGACCUUCUCGCAAUACCACGUCUUCUGGGCGGGAAGCUCGCAGAACCGCUUGUUCGAUGUUCCGUUGGCCGCGCUGGACACCGGAAACGUUCUGCGUGAUGACUUUGCCAUCUUCGACUCCACCUUUUGGUCCCUUCCACAUGGAAGUGAUCCCUCCUCCUGGAUUACCAAUGUCUCGGUCUCCAACGGGGCAGCGGUCUUCUCGAACCAAUACAGCCACGCUCACUUGACCUUGGCCCGGCGUUUUGCGCCGCCCUUCACAGUGAAGACCAAAGUGAAGAAAAGUAGUGGUGCCUUGGCACACAUGGUGGUGCAGAUUGGUGGGACCGAUGUGAAUCUCUUUGGUUCUGGUGGGAUCCGUGCGGUGUUCCUCGGAACUCAGAAAGUCUUGAUUUCUCCCGAGGGUGUGUAUGCAGCAGCACCUUGCACCUUGGGCACAUGGUUCGAAGUGACUAUCACUGUGCGGGCCACUUCAGUGACUUUUGCCGACAACCAGGGAUGCCCAGAGAUUGUACAAGCCAUCUCAAGUUCCGAGUCCACGAAAAGCAUACGCAUCGGUGCAGACUGUACUGGAGACUGUGCCACGAAUGGUGGCAGUGUUUGGGAAUACUUCGAGGUAUCCGGCGGCUUGUACGCCACCUUCCACGUGCCUGAGAACACCUUGAUUCCCAGCGAUGCGACGGGAUUCGUGAUCCAUGGCUGGAACUCUUUGGGUUUGAACCCCAGCGGCUACUACGAGGCCUUUGCCGAUCACCGCGUGGCCAAUCGCGCCACGUCCCCCAGCGAGGUCCUGGGCAGUGCGCCCAGCACCGGAACGUUGACGGUGUCGUGGACACGUGGAGCUCUCAAUGAUUGUACUGGGCUUUUCAUGCGCUAUGAGGUCGUCGCACAGAUGGUGGAUCAAAGUGAUUCACAGCAGUCCUGGUUUGAACCAAGUGGCUGUCAAGGAUUAGUGAGUCAGACCUCUGAGAGCUGUUUGGCCUCAGGCUUGAGCAGUGGAACUCCUUAUCAGUUCAAGGUCCGUGUCUUGUGCAGCUUGGAGGAGACUCAGAGCUUGUGGAGUGAGAUCUCACCGGCAGUGGUCACCUUGCCUUCGCCUGCAGCUGCUCCCACAGAAGUUCGAGCUCGAAUUCCAGGCUCCAGCACGUCUCCCUCUUAG